CCCAGACACACGCGCAUCCAACCCUCCCUCCCGUCACUUUCCCUUCUCAUGCAAGUAGAUAGUCGUUGAGACACUGACGAGCACCUAGGCUAGCAUUUCAAUUCGUGAACCUUUCUUUUAUUUUUUUCUUCCAACGCCACCACCCCCUCUUCUGCUCCUUCUGCUCUGUCUGCCUGCUUUGGAUGGCUGGUUUCCUGUGUUAGCUGGUUCGCUAGUCUACGAUAAUAUGAUACAACUCAACCUCCAAUUUUUUUGACCUCCGUCAACUGCCACCCCCCCCCUUCCCUUCCGAUCAUAUAUUUCUUUUACUUUACUUUACUUACUGCCUACCCCCCUUUUCUAAGUCUGAUUCUCUUUCUUUCCUUUUUUUUUUUUUUUUUGCCCUCUUUUCCUUUACUUGAAGGAAAUACCUUUUUUCCAACGUUCGGCUUUGGACCAACAAACCUCAGGAGAAAACUACCAGAUCCCCCACACAGAACCACAGUGGACCGCGGUCGAGCGAGUAAUAUAACAGUUCUACAACAAUCACGCCAUUUUUGUGGAGAAAUAUUUCAAGAGAGGAGGGGAAACAUUGGAAAAGGAAGGGAAAGGAAGGGAAAGUACAAGGAAAGAGGUACGAGUAGAAAAUAGGAGAAGGGAAGGAGGAUUGUUCCGGGCUUUUUCUAAUUUCUCCGAUUUCGGAUCUCUCGAAAAAAGCCACAAAAAGCCUAGUAGCAAAGACGGAGCGGACGGAAGGAUUACUCACGGUUGCGACCCCGCAAAGGUUCGGUGUUCGAUACCUAGUGUCUGCGUUCUUACCGGGAUCUUCAGUCCUCGCUUCCAAGGAAGAAGAGAUACUAUCAUAGGAAGGAGAGGAAGAAAGGGAUCAUUGUAUCGGCAUCAUAGUUUCUGGGCUGUGCCAGCCCCAUUUUAUUCUUGUUUUUGGACUGUGGGUUUGGUUCGGUUUCGUCAGUCUCUUGUUCUUUUGGGAUUUAUUUUCCCCCAGCCCCUUUAGCCCCCCACUUUUGACAUCUCGGAGGUUUUUUUAUUUUUUCCUAUUUCCUGCCAUUUUUUAUUUUUAAAAAAUAUCCCUUUUGGUGGUUUAUUUUACGACUCCUGCUGGAAAGGGGGACGAAGAGGGAUAUCGGUUAGGUAUACGGUCGCCAUGUCUCACUCUCCUCCUCAUUCGCGGACCCCUCCAACUUCUGUUUCCCCGCCUCGACGGCUCACUUGGAGGAGGGCGGCUACUUCUCCACCACGCCGUGCAAUCGACUACUCUCCCUCCCGGGGCCCGACGAAUGCUCUCUACAGCUAUCCUAGCAGCUCGUCACUAGCUUCACUCUAUUUGGCGCACGGCCGAAUAUCACCGGUUCGAAGAUCCCCCGCUCAUUCGAGAUGUUCCUCGCGGGAUCAAGACGGUGUGGUCCUCUGUGACGAGCUACGGACCCUUGCGGCGGUGAUCCCGCGAAAGAUUAGCUCCCUCUCAACCACGCCUAUCCCAACUGGCGGCCCGAUUCCCCCGCCUACUCCGCCUCCGGCGAGUCCCCACGACGACAUAGACGAUUUGGAGAGUUCCGGGGGUAGUGACGAGGAAAUUGUGUUCCAACGUGGCCGCCGAAGGCCAAUUCCUAACACUGACAUUGACGGGCUAACGACCCCUCAAUCUCGUCAUGUCAGGAGUUCGCGGGUUCUGAGGAGGGUUAGAGCCAAUAUACAUGAGGUUUCGCCCUCCGGGUCGGGAUCCGUUUCGCCUCCUACCGUACCAGCAGGAGUUAGUGCGCCACCAACCCCACCAAAAGAUGCCGCCCCAUCUGGCCUCCAUCACCCAAAGUCAUUGAAGCGGAGUCCUAAGAGCGCAUAUUUUGCAGAUAGCACAGAAGUUCCUGGGCUCAAGGAGCACCUGGGACGGGAGGAGCAGAAUUCGCUCGAUCUUGAAGAGUUUGUUUGGAAGGAUGAGGUGGAUCAUACGUUUGCGCCAUAUAUCCCGCGCACUGCUCCUGCUGUUUCUGGCGACUUUCUGGAGCCCAAAGAAGUCGAGGAAGAGCAGGUUAGUAGUGUCGGUGAGCUAGAGGGUUCUUUGGAAGAGAAUGUGGAGAUCCAUGAGGCGCUGUAUGCUGAGUUCGCCAUGGCUCAUGAAAUUGGAAUUGCGUUGGGAUCGCCACCGGCGGUCGAACGGAGGCUUGAGUUUGUUCUUGAUCCGGAACACGAUACUUCGGGAGACGAUAAGAGUGUUAAUAGCAAUAAGAGUGUUGAUAGCAUCAAGAGCGAAAUGAACGCCCCGGAACCUGAGCCUGAGUCAGAGCCAGAAUCCGAAUAUGAGUCAGAACCCGAGCACUCUAUCCCAGGUGCAUUCAAAGAUGAGGAUGAAGUGCUCGCGGAGAUCAAUGGUCUUAAAAAGAAGGGUAGGGGCAAGGGCAAGGCUAAGGCAGAGGUAGUCGCAAUAACUCAGGAAGAAAUAGAUUCCGGAGAGAGCACAAAAGAGGAGGAGGAUGAGAAUGAGAGUGAGACCGGCCAGUACCUCCCGCUGGGGGCAACCAUAGCCAAGGCAAGAAUAAAUGGCACCGGCGGAAGAAAAGUGACACCUUGGCCAACACCACGGAUAAUCUCUUGUCGAUCUUCUAUGGAGAAUGCCCAACGGGAAACGGCAGAUCCAUCGGAAUCCGUUAGGGAGCCAGCUGAGGAGGUGGCUGAGAAGGCCGCUAGCGAAGAGGCAGCUGAAACAGAAAGUGCGGAUACUGAUGAGAACGAUUUUACCGAUGAGGAAGAGGAUGAUGAUGAAGUCUUUUACGAUGCUGAAGAAGGUGGACUCGCAUCCCCUCCCAUGUCUCCUAUCUCGCGAUCCUAUUCCCACUCUCGACACGCCGAACUUGAGAACCUUCCGAGAACCCCCAGAUCCCCCAAGUCUCCGAAAUCCCCUCGGGAGAAUAAUGUGGAUCUCGUCCUUACUCAGUCUGCAUCUGAGGCUUCAGCCCCUGGCUUAGGCCCUGGUUCGCCCAAUUCGCCUAAGCACCCUGAAGCCCCAAAGAAACUUCCCCUUCCGCUACCUGGUCCGCUAGCAGUUAACGUAAUACCAGCAACUCCCGUCCCGCUCAUGUCUCCCGCAGCAGAGCUCGAUAAGCAACUCGGUAAUCCCCCUCCCUCUCUUCUUCACCGCAAGCCAACCGGUGGGGUCCAAACUUUAAAGAAUUCCCAUGAUCCCACCUCUCCAACCAAGCCCUCAAUCCCCGUUCCCAAGCGCUCAACCUCAUUCUCCAUGUCCGGCACCCGUAAAACGGCUCGCCGCCCCUCCAUCUCUAAUCAGCCCAAGCGCGUGCGCGAGUCUAAACUUCACCCGUGGUGGCGACCCCGCCAUGGUGGUUCUAACGACGCAGAAGACCCAGGUCUCUCACGUACCAUCUCUGCGCCGCACAUAUCUGCCUACACACAGGAAUUGCACAGAACGGAGUCUACCACGAGCAUCGGAAGGAAGCGCGUGACGAAGCCGAUUAAAGGGACAAAAUUUCAAAUCGAAUUUAUCGGAGUCGGCACGAUUAAAGAGAAGGGAGGCGUGUUAAAGGAAAAACUCGACGCAGGGAGCGGAGCAAUGAAGAGGAAGUUUUCCCUCAAGAAGAGGCCUACGGAUAUUUGAAUUUUCCUCUUCCAAUACCAAUUUUUUCUUAUGUCCUUCCCACACAAAUUAGGUGUAUGUUGCAUUGAUCUGGAGUUUUUUUCUUCUUCUUCCCCUUUUCUCAUUGUUUCAUUGAUUAUUUUGUCUUGUUUCAAAAAUAACUCGUAAUUUCAUUUCUUAUGGUACUUGAGACAGAUGGGAUUGGUUGCAAAGCAAGCGCAGCAUGGCACAGGAUGGGAUGGUAUUUCAUGAUAUUGUUAUUGUUGGAUAUCUUCUUUACCUGUUUUCUCUGCUUUGGGUUUUUUUACCUAUAUCUUCUUUAUGACGAUGUGAUGUACGUUACGAUAUUACUAAAAGGCGGUAGCUAGCCUACAACUGAUGAGUCUUAAAGUCUACGGCAUU